GGAAAGUAGCUCGGAAGGUGCUGGGAAUACCCUAGCCCUGCUGAGGUGUGGGGAGCAUUCGGGCUGGGGGCUCGGCGCUUUCUCUGAGUGACAGCCCGGCCCACUGACAGCUGCAGCUGGGGCCCCUGGGGCUAUUUCGGGGCGUGAGCUCACGGCAGCUGCGCUGGCGCAGGGGCCGGCGUGCCCCCCUCAGCUGUAGCAGCCGCUGCCCUUAAUUUAGAAGGUUCCUGUAAAUCCUCCUGGAUUAAAUGUCUCUUGAGAGGCGGGGCUCUUCCGCGGCUUGAGUGCCUCAGUUUACCCUGAGUCCCAGACUCUGGGUUUGCGUCACCGAGGUGGUGGUGAUAGCGGAGAGUCUCACCGAGGACUUGAGGAAACUGAGGAAGGAAAAAGGAACAAGAGUUAAAGAAGAGGGAUAUCUGGAAAAGGCAGCCUCUUCUUUCCAAUAGUCAGCCAUUUUCCAGAACCUGGGACCCCAUUUCUAGAGGACUGGCUUGGAGAGAAGAUGUCCCGUAUGGAGCUGGCGUUGGAUCCGGGUGACCAGGAUCCGCUGGGCUUCCUGGUAGAGGAAAGCGGCAAUUUGGGGGCGGAGCACAAGGCCUCGGACCUUACUCCGGACUGGGAACAGCCGCUUUCUGAAGCCCUGAGCGAUUGGGAUGUAGAGGAUUUCCUGAUUUCCCUGCUGAGUCCCCCAGCAUCGUUGAACGUUCGCAGCUCCUCUAACUCCUGUAUUGUCCACCAUGAUCACACUUACUCUCUCCCACACGAACAUGACUCCAUAGAUAUAGGUAGUGGAAGCUGUGGAGAAGAGAAGACCCAGAUGAUUCCACUGCAUGUGGAGGAGCUGGCAGAGCAGCCCCAGGAGAUUGAUCGGCUUAUAUUGACAGAUGAGGAGAAGAGGCUGUUGGAGAAGGAGGGGCUUACUCUGCCUGAGACUCUUCCUCUCACCAAGAUGGAGGAACAAGUUCUGAAACGAGUGCGGAGGAAGAUUAGAAACAAAAAGUCUGCUCAGGAGAGCCGGAGGAAGAAGAGGGUGUAUGUGGGAGGUUUAGAGAGCAGGGUCUUAAAAUAUACAGCCCAGAAUCUGGAGCUACAGAACAAAGUCCAGGUCCUGGAGGAACAGAAUCUGUCUCUUCUAGAUCAGCUGAGGAGACUCCAGGCCAUGGUGAUUCAGAUAUCAAACAAAACCACCAGCAGCAGCACUUGUGUCUUGGUUCUACUGUUCUCCUUCUGCCUCCUUCUCGUUCCUGCUCUGUACUCCUCUGACACAAGAGGGAGCCUGCCUACUGAGCAAGGAGUGUUGUCCCGCCAGCUUCGUGCCCUCCCCGGUGAGGACCCUCACCAGCUGGAGCUGCCUGCUCUGCAGUCAGAGGUACUAAAGGACAGCUCAGACCAUGAGCUCCAGGCUCCUGGCAACUUUUGCUGCCUGUUCUGCCACAUGCUUCAGGCUCCCGGUGCAGAGCCUCCCCUGAAGUUGCCACUCUCUGACGUCUUCUCAAAGUCCCCCUGCCCAGGUCCCAUCCUCUUCCUGCAUGCAAAUAACACCAGGAAGGAGGGAUGGCUCCCUAACCACAGCCUCUCACCUGUUACUUUGCAGGGUGGCUACUCAGGCUAGAUGUGAGGAUGGGGAGGUUCCCUGACCUAGAGCCUGGGGCCCUCCAGUCUGUGUCCAAAUGAAUAGGAAAGGGCUAGCCUCAGCUCCUGUGCCCUGUCAGGAAGCCUGCGGGCUCAAACACACCACACUUAACCGGCUUUCUGGGUCUUUUAUUUCUACCUGUGUAUGUUUCUUUACCCAUGAAUCAACCUAGGGAAUUAACUGACCUCCUUGAGCAUUUCAUGCAUUGAGAAGGAAUGGGGUGAGCAAAGAAAUAAAUAAGUAAUUUUGA